AUGCCGCAAUGCAACACCCUCGAGGACUCUGAGAAGAGAUCGUUUACUGGCGCUGCCGUCAACCUGAGAAAACUAUUGAAGUCAGUGAAACGUAUUUUCGCAACUUCGAGGACAGCAUCCCCGUCGGAGGAUCACUUCUCUGAAUCGACUGCGAGUAGUAUUCCUACAGAGGAAGAGCUUCAGAAUUGGCUGAACGAGCAAAUCGAAUCAAAAUAG